ACACCAUGUCACAGUCGGUGGAUCUAGACAACCUGUUCACCAGAGAGCUAGAGAAGAAUGACGGCUCCGUACUUUGUAUUAACCAGUCUGCGGUGGGUGAUGUCGGCUGCGUGGUGUGGGACGCCGCCAUAUCUCUAACUCUCUACCUGGAGACUCCAGAUUUCCAGGAGACUCCUGGGAGUAACAAACUGAGAGGGAAAAAUGUUUUGGAGCUUGGGGCUGGGACAGGCAUUGUUGGAAUACAGGCUGCAUGUCUUGGUGCCAAUUCCAUAAUCACAGACCUUGAAGACUUUGUUCCACUGAUGGCUCUGAACAUCAGGGUGAACCAGGCCCUGAUCACAGGUAGUGCCACAGCCAGAGAGCUCAGGUGGGGAACAGAUGUGACGGACUACCAGCCGCCUGAUUACAUACUGAUUGCUGACUGUGUUUAUUAUGAGGAGGCUGUAGGACCUCUAGUCCAGACUAUAACUGACCUGUGCGAUGACCACACGGUGGUCAUUUGCUCCUAUGAGGAGAGAACAACUGGAAAUAAACCCGAGCUGCAAAAGAAAUUCUUUGAAUUGGUAGAGAAAGUGUUUCGUGUGGAGGAGAUACCUUUGGAGCGCCAUGAUCCUGUUUACAGGAGUGAGGAUAUCCACAUCAUGAAAUUCAUCAUGAAAUAAAACAGUAAUUAUAGCUUGGAAACUGAGUAGCAUAUAUACAUGACCCUGCAUUUGGGAAUGAGGAUAU